UCCGGUGGAUUUCCCUGCGAGGAUCUUGAUGUGUUUCGGUUACUCUUUUGCGGGUUUCUUUCCGUGCGGGGUGUGGCAACCCCGUUUAGUUUUUUUACCGUGUGCCGCUCGUUCCUUCCGGGAAUGGGGUCUUGUUGCUCGGAUCCUAUGUAGAGAUCUUAAAGGUGGCCUUUUGGUUUGGUUGGUGCCUUUCGGGCGGUGGGGUUCCUUUGGCGUUGUGGGUUCGUGUUCUCUUGAUAUGUCCGCCUCUUUCUAUUGGCUUUCUUUAUCUUUAUGAGAUCGUCUCUACUUUUCGGAAUUGAAGCAACCUCUUCUGGUUUCUUCGAGUCUUUGUGGAAUUGGUGGGCAACUUCAUGUUAGUUCAAGGAAAAGAGCAAUCUGUUUUACCCCCAGUUUCUCUGAGGGUACCGCAUGUUUGAUCCUUGUGGUUUGACUUGAAGGGUCUUCCUCACAUGCUACCCAUCAAUAGGAGCAGAAGUCAGUCCAGGGCUGGUAGUCCUUGGUCUUUUCCAGGAAUGGACUACUCAGAUUCAAGGCGCAAACCACAGGUUGUUGCAAAACUUGUUAUGGUGGCUAUUCUUACUGCCUUUUGCAUAUUCAUUUUGAAGCAAUCCCCUGCUUUCAGUGGACCUAGCCCGUUUUCACGUCGUGAAGUUGGAGCAACCCAUGUUUUAGUAACAGGAGGUGCUGGGUAUAUUGGUUCACAUGCUGCUCUUCGCCUAUUGAAGGACUCAUACAGAGUAACCAUAGUGGACAACCUUUCUAGAGGAAAUAUCGGAGCCAUCAAAGUUCUGGAGGGGCUGUUUCCAGAACCUGGGAGACUUCAAUUUAUUUAUGCUGAUUUAGGCGAUGCAAGAGCUGUUAACAGGAUUUUUGCAGAAAACGCGUUUGAUGCGGUUAUGCAUUUUGCAGCUGUUGCUUAUGUGGGUGAAAGUACACUUGAUCCUCUUAGGUACUAUCAUAAUAUCACAGCAAAUACUUUGACACUUCUUGAGGCUAUGUCAGCACAUGGCGUUAAAACUCUUAUUUACUCGAGUACUUGUGCUACUUAUGGAGAGCCAGAAAAAAUGCCCAUUACAGAAGGAACACCUCAGCUUCCUAUCAACCCAUAUGGGAAGGCUAAGAAAAUGGCAGAAGAUAUAAUUUUGGAUUUCUCAAAGAAAUCAGACAUGGCUGUCAUGAUCUUAAGAUAUUUUAAUGUCAUCGGAUCAGAUCCAGAAGGAAGAUUAGGUGAAGCCCCCAGACCUGAGCUAAGGGAGCAUGGACGAAUUUCUGGUGCAUGUUUUGAUGCAGCACUCGGGAUAAUACCAGGGUUGAAGGUUAGAGGAACAGACUACCCGACGAAUGACGGAACUUGUAUAAGAGACUAUAUCGAUGUCACUGAUCUUGUCGAUGCACAUGUGAAAGCCCUUGACAAAGCAAGGCCUAGCAAAGUUGGCAUAUACAAUGUCGGCACUGGAAAAGGCAGAUCCGUCAAAGAGUUUGUCAAAGCCUGCAAGAAAGCAACUGGGGUGGAGGUUAAAGUUGAGUAUCUCAGCCGGAGGCCUGGGGACUAUGCUGAGGUUUACAGUGAUCCAUCGAAGAUAAAUCAGGAGCUCAACUGGACAGCGCGGUAUAUAAAUCUUCAGGAAAGCCUUUCAGUUGCAUGGAGAUGGCAGAAAGCACAUCCUAAUGGUUAUGGCUCACAAUCAGUCAUCACACUUUGACUCGAUCCUUGCAACAAUAUAAUUGCGUAUAAUUAGAUUUGCAUGGAGUUGCAGACUUCGAAUAGGAAGUCGAUAACUGCCAUCUAUUGCUUAGCUUGAUAGAAGUAGCAAAUAUGGUUAUAUUUGGAAAAACGAAGAUUUGGAUACAGAAUAAGAAGUCUCAUCAUACAGGUGUGGAGGGAGCUGUGCUAAUUGCCUAUCUUUUUUAUACAGGGAUAGACGAGAAACAAUUAAUUGUUAGUGAUGAAUGCUACACUUUCUUGAUUCAUUUCUGUUGUAUCAUUUAUAUUUAUGGUAAAUAGGAAAGCCAUUCUCUCUU